CAAAGCCUUCCGAUCGCCGCCUGCCGGGGCGAGAUUCUCGCCCAUAUUGACCUACACCCGGUUUGCUGCAUCAUUGGCGCCACGGGCAGCGGAAAGUCCACACAACUCCCACAGUACCUUUUCGAAGAAGCGGCGGACAGGAAUUUUUACGACCUGAUGGACAAGAAUUUGAAUUCCGCGCGAGGUGCCCACGAUAAUCUCACAUCUUCAAGCAACAGCGGCCCUGCUGUUGAAUCCGAAAACAGUACCAAGAGUCGCUUUGUCAACAAGAACACGCUGCGUACUAGUCGUGCAAAAAAUUAUGCGAAGUCGACCAAGCUCACAAGCGAGCAGUUGUGUGUUUUACUUGUCCAACCCAGGCGCGAUGGAACUCGGCAAGUGGCAGACCAAGUGCGAAAACAGCUCUUGCGGAAGGCGAAAAGAGCAGCCAGAAGAGGAGACAAUGGCGUAGCUGCUACUGCUGGUACAAGUGCAGGUCCAAGGUUGAUAUCUCUUGAAGAUCCACCGGCUCUGCCUCACAGGAGCAGGACGAGGGUAAACCUAAAAAUCUCCCCAGUCACGGUGGCACACCGCGUCGGAAACGACAGUUCGGUGGUGAGUCGAAAAUGGACUAACCUGCUUUUCACCACCUUCGGCUUCUUCUGGGAGGAGCUGCACCAGGUGCUCCUGUGCAACGUGCGGGAGCCGCGGCGAGAGGAUACCUCCGUAACACACUCGCACAGUGAAGGCUCCGGUGAUGAAGACAAUGCACCUCCACCUGUAUCUGUAAGGAGCUUCCUACAAGGAGAGGACGGUGCGUGUGGCUUUUCUGGCGGGAAAAGCACGCACACGCAGCAGUGCCAGUUACAGUAUGAGCAAGUUGAGAACGAAAAUAUCGUUCAUGAAAAGAAAAUCCUUCCUUACACGCACAUCAUUCUCGACGAGAUGCACGAGUCCAGCCCCGAGGCGAGUGCCGUUCUGUGGGCGUUGAAGCAACUGAUGCCAAGACUGGUGAAAAGUGGCAUCAAAGUCAUCCUCAUGUCGGCGACGAUCGAGCCAAAC